AUGUCGUCGAAGGGUCCGAUCGUGCUCGUCCUCGCCGCAGUCGCCACCUACGCCGCUGCCUACGCAAGCCAUUCCACGUAUCUCCCCGCUGCGCUCAUCACCGCAUGGUGGAUACUCGCGCCGCGCAUCAUCUCGCCCAUCAUCGUCCUCGUCGCCGGCCCGAUCGCCGCCGUCACCAUCUUCCACGGCUUCAGUCUCGCUGCUGUCUUGUACACCACGAUCCAUGGACUCGGGCUGGCGAGCGCUCUGGUUGCUGCUGCUCUGGCGCCAGCGUGGCUCUCUGCGCUCCUCCCGCAGCCUGAUCCAUCGGCCAUGGCUUCGCUCCCGCUCGUCUCUGCCCGGGCCAUCAACAUCCCGCUGGCCAUCAUCGCUGAGCUCACGCUUCUUCCGCUGGUCGCCGGACUCAUGGCAUGGCACGCUCUCGCUCUCCGCGUCUUGCACGUCAGCUGGGACGAGCUGGCGCCACGCCCAGCGCCCGGCCCCGCGCCCUCGACCGCGGUCGUCCUUGUCCAUGGCCUCGGCUCCAACGACGCCCAGUGGAUGCUCGGCCGCAUCCUCCUCGCCCCGCGCUUCCGCCUCUCCACACUCUCUUACCACCGUGAUUCGGGCAUCAAUGUCAUGCCUCAGGAGAGCGACACUCUCGACCUGUACGUGGCUCGCCUCCGCACCCACCUCGAGCAUCUCGCCGCUGACGGCGUCGAUAAGGUGGUCCUUGUUGGUCACUCGCUUGGCGGCAUCGUCUCCCUCUCCUGCGCCCUCUCCUCUCCCGGCAAGCCUGCGCUCCUCCCGCAAGUCGCCGGCGUCAUCACCCUCUCCUCGCCGCUCCUUGGCUCGCGCCUCCUCCGCGUACUCGCUGCCUCCUCGCCGCUCCUCGUCCGCAUCCUCACCGGCAUCUCGCCGGCAGCACCGCUUCUCCGCGAUCUCCGCCCAGCGUCGCCUCGGCUGCAGUCCCUUGCCGCCGCCGCCGCCUCGACCUCAAUUGCUACUGCUUCGCUCUCGUCAUCGAUCGACACCGUUGUCACCGCUGAUUCGGCACAGUACCCUGUGCGCCCCGCGGCCUCGAUCGCCACCCUUGAGCUCCCGCACGUCCACCACUACGCCAUGGUCGCCUCGUCGCGCCUGUGGGGCUUUCUCCGCACUUGGGCUGCACCUGUGGUGGGGACGUCUACAGCCGGGACGGUGGUGUUCUGGGCCGUGGCCGGGAGCGCCGCCUACCUUGCGACCCGUGCCGUGUUCUCGGCGCGUGGAGACGGACAAGGAGCGACGACGGAUGGCGGUUCGGGUGGGGCAAAGGAGGAGGAAAAGAAGGACGACGGGCCGCCGCUACCUCCGCACGAGACCAAGGACAUGACGCUGGAGGAGCUGGCGCUGUACGACGGGACCCAUGCCGAGGUCCUCAACCGGGUCUACCUCGCCGCCAAGGGCACCAUCUUUGACGUCACCUCCAAGCCAGAGUUCUAUGGGCCGGGCGCUGGCUACAAUGUCUUUGCCGGCAAGGACGCAUCGUAUGGUUUGGCUAAGACCUCGCUGGACGAGGUCACCGGCGAUCUGUCCACUCUCUCCAUGUCCGAGCGUGAUACCCUCGAUCAGUGGUACAACCUCUUCACCGACAAGUACCACAUCGUGGGGAAGGUCAUCGAGUAG